CUGAGGUAAAAAUAGCCCUGGGCUCUCUAUGAUCCCACCCUGUUUCUGCCUCAAAACCAAAACAAUCAACAUCCAGCGGCCAAGACAGCUGUGGUGGUGUUGCCUCACCCAACACUCCCACAACACUCAUGGCGGUGCAGGUGUCUGGCCUGCACCUGGCUGGGCCCGAGCUGGACCCCGAGCCUCUGAGGGGCAUCAAGACCUUCGUGCGGGACAUUCUUCCCCGGCAAAGCCAUGCGUCCCCUGAGGGGGGCACCACUCCAGUCCUUGGUGCUCCAGGCUUUGAGGACUCCCAGUGUGACAACUCUCACCUCAAGCGCAAGUCCUGCCGUGUGGAAAAUGAAUCUGAUGACUCAGAUGUCUCUGAUUUGGAGCACCUGCCGUCCUGCAAGAGGCAACGCAUCACAGUGUCUGCCAUGAGACGUUUGUUUGCUAAGUUUAGUCUCAGCGACACAAAUGAGACCUCUGAGCCAGCCACAAAGAGAGAGAGCCAGGCACACUCAGGACCCUCAGGAGGAGCUACAGCCCCACAACACAGCCCAGACAGAGCACCAGCAGACAGUGACACAGAGGACAAUCUGAACGAGAGCACACAACAGAGCAGCAACCCAAACCGAUCCUCACCAGUCACAGUGAGGUCUGGCAAACGCAUCAGUGAAUCAGACGAUGACGAAGAACACGGGGACAAACGGCAGAGGACCAAUGAAGACCAGACAGGUGGUGAGGAAGAAAAACACGAGAAAGAGGAGACAAAUAAGCAGGAGGAGCAACACGAGGAUCACAGCAAUGAGGAGAACAAGAAGAGUGUGGCCAAGACAUCUGAAGACAUGUCAAAGAACAACAAACGGCAGGCAGACACAAGGGAGAGUGACACGGAGGACAAGGAGGAGCCGGGCAGCAAGGUGAAACGGACCCGUCGCCUGCGUCGAGGCCUGAGGCUCUGCACUAACAUCACCUGUUACAUUGAGCAAGUCCUCUACAACUGACCCCGUGAGGACGGCAUUCCCUUGCACCACGUGAGGAAUGCUCAAGCUGAGGUUGUUCAUAUUAUCUUAUUCUUACAGGGAGACUUUAUUCUAGUUUGUUUAUGUUGUGCUAUGCAGAUUAUUCCGAUUAUUUUCUUCCAGUGAAAAUAGAUACUGUGUUUUACUUUCAUUAUUCAUAGGAGAGAGAGAUGUGUUCAUUUGAAUCAUUCAUAAGAGAGAAUCAUUUUAAAAGUGUAGAAUUACUAAACUUUCAGACAGAUUCGUGAAGAAAGUCACUACCUUGCUCAGGCUUGCUUGUGUGUUCCUUGUGAUAUUUUUGUCAGCACCCAACACACCCUUCAUUCAAACCAACACACACUGCCCUCUUCUUACUUACUCUACCUUCACAACUCACCAUACAUCCCUCCACUAUACAGUUACCAUACACCAUACAGCUUUCUACAUAAAACCUUGUUUCCAUAAGUGGCGACUUAAUGCAUUC